GCCAUGCCUUUCUGGGCUCCACGUGUCUGGGCGCCGCCAUUGCACUAGAGGCAGCCAUGGAAGUGGAGGCAGCCCAGAAAGAGAGGAAAGCGGCUCCCCUCCGCCGCCGACAUGUUGCCCACCAGAUCCCUGUGGAGAUCCUCUCGGACCCGGACUUGCAGGCGGCCGUGGGGUCUCUGCCCCCCAACUACAACUUUGAGGUCCCCAAAACCGUCUGGCGCAUCCGGCAGAGCAAAGCCAAGCGGGUGGCCCUGCAGAUGCCCGAAGGCCUCCUGAUGUUCGCCUGCACUUUGGCCGACAUCCUUGAGAGAUUCACAGGUGCCGAGGCCAUCAUUAUGGGGGACGUCACUUAUGGGGCUUGUUGCGUGGACGACUUCACCGCCAAGGCCUUGGGGGCCGACUUCUUGGUCCAUUACGGACACAGCUGCCUCGUCCCGAUCGACGCCACGCGAGGCCUGCAGAUGCUAUACGUCUUUGUGGACAUCCAGGUGGACGCGGGCCAUUUUGUGGACUCCAUCCGCUUCAACUUUGACCCCGGGUCCAGGCUGGCCCUGGUUAGCACCGUCCAGUUCCUCUCCGCCCUCCAGGCGGCCGCUCGGGACCUGGCUCCGGAAUACGGCGUCCAAAUCCCGCAAUGCAAACCUCUGUCGCCGGGGGAGAUCCUGGGAUGCACCUCCCCCCGGUUGCCUAGCAACACCGACGCCAUCGUGUAUUUGGGAGAUGGCCGUUUCCACUUGGAGUCCAUCAUGAUUGCAAACCCCAGCAUCCCCGCUUACAGGUACGACCCAUACAGCAAGGUCUUCUCGAAGGAGGGCUUCUCCCACCGGCGCAUGGCGGAGUCCCGGGAGAGGGCGGUGAGGCAGGCCUCUGGGGCCGGGAUGUGGGGCCUGAUCCUGGGCUCCUUGGGCCGGCAGGGCUCCCCCGCCAUCCUCCAGCACCUGGAGUCAGUGCUGGAGUCCCUGGGGCGCCCCUUCUUGCGUGUGCUCCUCUCGGAGAUCUUCCCCCAGAAGCUGGGCCUUUUCCCGGAUGUCGGAGCGUGGGUCCAGGUUGCCUGCCCUCGGCUCUCCAUCGACUGGGGGGAAGCCUUCCCCAGGCCCCUCCUCACUCCCUACGAGGCGGCUGUGGCACUGCAGCAAGUUGAAUGGCAAGAGACAUAUCCCAUGGACUUCUAUGCGGCUCAGUCACUCGGCCCUUGGACCGUCAACCACCGCUCCCAUCAGCCACAGAAGGCGGCCAAAGGGGCCAAAGAGGUGCAGAUGGUCAAGAAUGAAUGAAUGAACAUCAACAUAAAGCAAAUAAUAAUAAUAUAAAAUGAUAUUAUUUCCUUUUGCAUUGUUUUAAUAUUUAAAAAAUAUUUUUUUCAAGUGCAGAUGGUCAAGAAAGAAAGAAUGAACAUCAAUAUAAAUC